GGGAAAUAGAUUCUUUUUCAUCCGCAUCUAAGGUCUGUGUCGUUUCGAAGCGCUUCAUGCCAAUGUAUUCCGGACCUUCUUUGUGUACAUUUGGGUCCAAAGUGCUCAAUGGAUAUACAUACUAGCGAGGAAUUCACCGCUGUUUCUCAAUUGUAUCGUGCUUUUCCCCCUGAAGCCCCCAAUCACGAUAGCUCAGACUCGAUUGGUGCUGCCGCUUCUGAGGAUCUGUCUUCCCUUGUCGAACCUCUUGCUACUUCGGAUGCCAUUCACGUUAAACAGAGUUUACUCGUCGAACCGUUAUCAAAUACUGCCGAUGAUAGUUCAAACAUAUCUGAAUUUGGACCUGCAUGUCAUCAACAGAACUUACCAUCUUCGGGUCUGCGCUCCCUCGAUACACUUCCCUCUCCGACGGAGCAACUGCCUUUGCAGAAUGCUAGGACAAACACACCAUCUCCGUCGGAUAGUAAUCGGCCACAACCUGCACAGUCCAUUCCGAAUCAUGACGAAACCACUGUCAACUUCAAGCAUACUUGUGCUUUCGUCGUCGAUGACAUUUCUUUAUCUUGCCUCUCCAGAACGGAAGCAGUGCAUUCAACGCAAUCCAGAAGCCUCGAAUCUUCUCCAUGCCCGGCUCAUUUGACGCACAAGUUUGUUGUCACCCAACAGGACGAUGGGGCGAGCGAAUCAUCAUUCCCAGGUGCGGUCUACAGACCUAAGAGUCAGCCGGCCACCAUCACACCCUUUCUAUCGGUCUCCACGUCAGUGAAAACCUCGGCUGCUGCAUUUUCUGUAUGCACGAGUAACGAGUCAUCCGGACUAUGGACACAGGAGUCUGUUAGUGAGCAGACUACCAUACAGUUUAAUCCUGUAACUUCCACCGGCCGGAUUGAUGAGCGACUCUUGUCUUCUGCCAUUGAGGGAACUUCAGGGAAGUUGGAUCAUGUGCUCAGUGGUCAACCAUUAUCGAACAAUACCACUACUAGCUCGUCAUUCACAGCCAUGACUGAUGGCACUUUUCCCUUUCACGGCUUGCCUCAUGUCGCGUCUAACCUUGAUUCCAGCAUUUUCUCGUCGGCCUUCCAGUCAGAUCCAGUACCGCAACCCGUUUAUGCACAACCAUCAAAGCCUUCGGGACUCAUGCAUUUACAUCCAACUUCAAGUGUUUCUCUACAGACGUCUGAGGGUUCCCCGGCACCAUUCACGUCUUUCCCAAUGGGUUUCAGUCCCGUUUCCACAGCUAUGAAUGUACCUCUUCCAUUGGCUCCUUCAACUUCCGCAGCUCCUGCGCUUCCUCCAUCUGUGUCCCUCACCCUUUCCCCAAUCACCUCAAAUGGCGAUUUUCCGCCAGUCACGCUACAGUUACCUGGCCUUCCCACCGUAAUCCUACAGGUUCUUCCGCUCCCAGGUGCUAAGAUGGACGAACAGUAUACUAUCAAGGUAUCGACGCCGCUGAUACUGAGCGGUAUCAGUGGCGCGUUAGCCAAUGGUGGUACUGUGAAUGGUGGUCCGAUCAUGCUCUCAAUCGCGCCCGGUACUUUACCACCAACAACUACGGCCACGACAUCUGAAGGAAUCCCCUCCACAAUACAGAACCAACUUGGUUCUGAUGGAACUACCUCGCCUCUUAGUCCACCCUCGACCACAAAUACUUCAUGCGCGUCCACAUCUGUUAGUUUCUCCCUACCCAAUGUACCGAUAUCUCAUUUACCGUCUGGCUCCAAUUCCGCUACGACUCUACGGCUUGCGCUGCCAGUUGGCACUCAAGUUUCUCUUCAGUCACCACAUACUCAAGCUGCUUGUAAGCGUAUGCGCGCGAUCGCCCCCAAACCAUGUCAGAAGUUGGCCGCUGAAACCGUCGCAAACGGAACGUCCAACUCAGGUCCACGCAGUUCCUCAGUCAAUGCUAACAGAAAUUCAAUAAAGCGACAAGUCACAGUGGUUACUUCCUGCAUCUCUUCAGCACUGUCUAUUCAAGCCUCUAUUGGUUCCGCUGUUUUCACUUCUCCCAUGGUCACAUCGAAUAAAGGAAAGCGAGUUCAAGUUCUUUCGGGGUCAUCCUCAGCUUCAAGGCCAGGUCGAGGUCGCCGGAAAACUGCAGCUAAUGCUUGCUUGACGCCACUUCCUGCUGCGAGUCCCGCUUUUCUUUCUUCGGUCCAAAACGGCACUGUCUCGAUCUCUUCCAGCCUACAUCUACCGCCAAACGAUUCUCAUUUGACUCCUCAAUCAGUUACUUAUCCAACAACGUUCACAACACAAUCACUCUUUGUUCCCAGUUCAACGAACCCUAUAAUGACGGGUUCUGCCGUUCCCUCUGGACAAAUGCCUUCGACAUUUUUGUUCAGUGGCAUGAUACCGCCUGGAUCCGUUCCGAGUGGAGCGUCUCCGUACAUUUUCCAACAACCUAUCCCGUUUGCCAACGGUUGCUCCUCGUUUCCUGGUUCGCUUUACACCCCGUCUGGCCCAACUCCGUUACCACCGUCCACUUCAGGUGCAAGUUCGGCUGUUUCUACCUUACCGCCCGUAAGCUCCACUUCACUGUUUCCAUCUGGAGGUGCGGCUGCAUUGGCCACCAUCAACCCUGCUACUGGGAUGAUCACUCAUUAUCCGGCACCCUGCGUCCCCAUGGCUGUGCCAUUUUCCACCAGUGGUUCGUCUACUGAUCACGCGGCUCAGUUUGGUUUGUCACUUGUCUACUCCCAACCGAACCAGAGUGCUGUUGGUUUUCUGAUUCCGAACGUCUCUCAGGCAGGCUCCUUAGUGUAUCCAGUUGCUGGACAGCCUUUACUAUCAACUCCAUUGUCAACCACCUUAUCCUCUGGUUCUAUCAAUUUCGGUGAUCAUACAAGUCUGGGACCGCAGCUAGGUGGAAGUUUUGCAGCUGGCUCAUUAGUGCCUGGACCCGGUUCCCUGCAUUCCAGCGGAAUCGGCAUAACUUCAGCCCUUCCCCCUCUACUCCAAACACCCGUUCCAUUCUUGUCCACAUCAACUAGUAACCCCGCACCAAUCCUGCCUGUUAACUCAGGAGUAGGAAAUGUACCUGUGAUAUCAUCCGUGUCUUCUACAACGGAUGAAAUUGCUGUUAUGGAGGAUGACGUCAAUUGCCUAGCCAAAGAUGAUCUGAUUAGUAUCGCCUGGCGUCUGACACAGAUGGAUGAUGACCUUGUACCCACAUGCAUAGUUUCCGAUCAAGAAAGUCGGCCUACAAGUAUGGUUGCGAAUGGGUCUGAAAACAUUUUCAAUGUAUACGAUCAUGAGAAGUCUUCUCAGUUCUCUUAUUCUACAAGCUUUGUUGUGGAUGAGGUUCCGGAAUGUUCGGAUAUAUAUACCAUGCAAGAUACUCAGGAGAGUGCCGAAAUAGUGCUUCUAGAUGCCAAACCUUCACCAGCGCGUUUGCAUAAUCUGACGGAGAACAACAGUGUUGCAGAUAUAUUCACCACUCCGGAGGAGAGUACUGGUAAUGCCGAUAUCGAUGCACUCUUAGCUGCUGCUGCAAUGGUUGGAGCUGCCAGUGGAGUAGGCGAUGCACAGUCCGCCGUUGCUGUUCCAGUUCCUACUUCUUUUACGAACGUCACCGUACACAGCUCCACGUCAAGUCCUUCAACUGGGAUUGACGUAAACUCUCGGCCAAGCUCGAGUGACUCAGCCACUCCCAUACCUUCAGUUUCGAGUAGCACAGUUGUGACUACGUGUACAACACAGUGCGCUUCCUCAACGAGAAUGGAACCCACUGGAUUAUCUCCGAAUGCACCAGCCGACCUUCUCUCGAGUGAUCUUUUUGAAUUUCACGGUCAUGGUGAGGCAAAUGUAAGUAUUGGAAAUUUCGAUGAAUCUGACGAACCUCCAAGCCUGGUAGCCGUUUUAGGAUGCAAUGCCGAAGACGCGGCCGAUUUGGAAUCGGUUUUAGGUCCCGGUUCGCAUAGCUUGGACGAAGGCGGUCCUGUCACUGAGUCCUUUCUUAACUCGCUUGUGGGUCCAGCUCCUGAUGACUUGGAUUUGGGUGACACUGAAGAUGCUGAUGAUGCCGAUGACAAUCUCUUCGAUGCGGAUUUUGAUGUUUGUGCCACUGGUUCCCCAACACAUGGCGUGCAUAAAGUUAGUAGCGAAUUCGUUGAUGACGAGUGCAUUCAGCCUACGCAUCCACUGAACGAUCUGAAUUCAGAUAACUUCGAUUUAGACUACGACGAUUUGACGAAGAAUCCAAUGAGUCUCGAACCGUCCGUUGAUGCAGAUGUUCCCAUCCCAAGCUCUCAUCAAGUCCGGGCUUUGCUGCGAAAUACCGCUCCAGCGGUACUCCCCUACCGAUUUUCCUCCUGCCGUAAUCCUCUGAUCUCUGUAAAAGAUGCUGUAUUUACCAAGCUUUUCGAGGCCCCUGUUUACAAGAAGCGCACCAGUCGCUCACACAGGUUUGAAAACGGUGUGGAUGACUUCAUUGGCGUUGACUUUCCAGAUGCAGUUAGUCACUACACCACAGCCGAACAGUUCAAUGAGGCCCUGAUGCUUUUAGGUCCACAACCCAGUCCUCCAGCGACCUCUCAUUCACCUGGAAAGUCGAACAGUGGUUUACUGGAAUCAGCUGAGUUAGAAACUGAGGAUGGAAAACCGUUUAAUGCAUCGUCAUCUCCAACUUACCGUGAGGCGAGCAGUGGUGUCACUUCUGACAAGUGUCGUGUAUCUCCAAUUACCGAUGUAUCCAGUGAGGCGAAAGAUGCGGCACUGGAGUCUGGGACUCCGAUAGAGCCUACUCGGGAAGAAGUAGAGCGGCCGAUCGGGUCACCAUUUGUGGUACCAAGGGAAGCAUUAGCUACUGUCAAUGAACCCUCCUCGAAGGAUUGUGAGCAUUCAGUAAAUUUUGAUGCCUUGAUAUCGGAACCGCCCAUCCCGAGUGAACCGGUUGAGGAAAAUGCUGCAUGUUUCGUUCAGAAUGAUGUAGAACUGAACCUAACGCAAACGCAGGAUGAUUCUGCUGUCCCAUCCGUUGGCGUGACAUCAACAUGUGAACACCAUGAAACUUCUCGGUUGGAUAGUCAGAUUGGAUCCGCUCCUUCUAGUGAAGAUAACACACCGAAUGAGGGGUCUGGAUACGACGAAGAAGCAACGUUGGCUAUGGUGAUAAAGCAUCCGGUACCUACAUGCACUAUUCCAGUGAACGAGCACCCAUCUGAGGUAGCGAAAUUAGUGGAUGAGGUGGUUGUCGGAACUGUCUGUUCAGAUAGUAAUGUUGUUGAUCCACCUAUAUCAUCGCACCCGGUAGCCAAAAGGUACCGGACCCGAUCGUUCAGCUUGAUAACAAAUAAAAAGAAUUCUGGAUCUAUUCAGCGAGGGGUUCAUCGCAGGCGACUUCUUAGUGCCCCAUCCGCCGGUGAGUCUCGUGUCAAAUCCAAUCGCACUUCGCUGCUGCAGAUUUCAUCCGUGACGCUUGCUAAUGGAAGAAUGUCAUCCGUACAUCUUCCCUCCAAUAGCCAUUCUCGGCGAUCCUGUAGGACGACCUCAUCAGUUGCAUCGGAUGAUUUGAGUGGGUCGGUUGCCUGUUUACCUCUUUCCCCCUUAGAUCACCAUCUAACCGUCGAUACCGAGGUACCAGAAGUGGUCCCCAGUCCUUCCAUAUUCGGAGUUCUGGCUUCUUCCUCCGUCCUUUUAGAAGCCGCGGUUGACCUAGUGGGAUCUGAUUCGGACAUAUCACCUGUGAAAUCUAGUUUGGAAGGGCUGGCAACGCUAGAUCGCAUGCUUAAAAGUUGUCAGCGGCAAAGCCAACAACUCCAAGAAUCCUCCCUUAGCAAAUCUAGCUCACUUGAAAGCGCAGCGGAUUCAUCUACUCCAAGCGGCACAACCUUCCAAGUGCUCGCUCCGGAGCUUCCUCUCUCAACAGAACGAGAGAACAAGAAUCUGUCUUGCUCUGAGACGUCAGCAUCGUCGCCCAGUUGCUACUCCAUGAGGCUCGUCGAACAGUCAUCCGCACCAGUAGUGCGGUCGGCAACUCGGCGGACGAAAAGAAGGCGACCAAAGCCAGAAGUUCAAACUAGGGAUGCUGAGAAGAUGCUUUUGCGCCCGGUGGAAGAGUCGUCCGGGGCACAUAUUCCCAGCACACGUUCUUCGACGGAUGUUGCAGAUACAACACAAUGUCUUUUUUGGCUCCCUUCGGCUCAGCGUCCCUUAUCUUUCGGACUGUCAUCCGCGUAUCCUGCGGCUACUUCAUCUGCGGUAAACCUUCUGAUUGAAGGAGACUUCGAGCGACACUUACCUCGUCUACAGUUAGCCGUCGAAGGCCGUUUGUUCCCGGACUGGAGUGUGUCGUCACCCGAACCGACAGAGCCUACGGUUACGGAGUCCCAGUCAGCGGUUGGCUCCUCUGUUUUCGAAACAACAUGCUCUGAAGCGGACUCAGUAAGCUCAUCACUGUCACUACCCAAGCAGCCUAACAUAGAUCUCUCUGCUCGUCGCUCUGGAAGGCGACAAACCAAGAACAAGCGCCAAAGACCCAAACCAGAACACAAACACAAGGUAGUGCCAGAGACAACACCAACAACUGAACAGACCGACUCCUCUUUUCCUAUGCUCCAUACGAAACUGAUCCCUGCUGAAAUUGCGACGGUCAAUCUCAAAGUCGCUGAUAAUGAAGCACCGUUUGCACGUUUUUUGACUGUGGCUAACUUCCCCACAUUCGCAACCGUUCAGUUAGCAAAAAAAGCGGACGAAGAGUCUCCCUCGAAAGAUCGUCAUUCUGCGAUUUGGUCGGAACAUAACGUUUUGUUCGAAAGAUUUGUCAAAGCUCAUGCAGAUGCCACUGAUGAACCAAGUCUGUCUGUGUCGGUUGCUAGUUCCGGACCGUUUUCUGAAUGCACCAGUCUUCGUCCACCAUCCACCACUCGAACAACAGUUAACAAAGAUGGUUUGGGAAGUGUGUCGCAUGGUCCUAAUGAAGUCGACUAUCAAUCUGAUACCAUUGCGCACAGCACUGUUGCGGGAGACCUUUCUGGGUUUUCCGCCCCGGCAUUUCCUGCGUUACGUGAUAGAAUGCGAAAUACUGGAUGCUCAUUUACUUCUGCAUCCACUGAGCAGGUCAAUUCUACGCAGUCGGAUCCUACAAGUACUUCAAGUCGUUCUGUUUACUCGUCAACACCUGCGGUGAACUCCACGUAUCCUCCUGUCACACAUGCGGGCACAAAUCUGAAGUUGCUUUCCACUUUUCCAGCUUGUGCUGAUUGGCCUGUUUCACUGACAUUUGCCCACUCAUCAAUAGCCAACACAACGUAUCCCAACUCAACGUGCCCGCUUCUUCCUCCAUGCACUGCAGUUGCUAGUCUAACUUUUGGCAGCUUUGCUGGAGCAGCAGCGUUUCGGGCUACAAGUUUCAGUGCUCUCGCUGCCAGAGCGUCAUCCGGAAGCCGCACAAACUCAUCCACGUGGUCAAAUAUGCCUACGUUUUCGGAUCUGGCAAAAGCGGCCUCCAAUACACCUUGUGUGUUGUUCGCAGAAAGAACUUCAGUUACUCCUGAUGUUACACCGUCGUGGUCGGACCGCAUACCCAAUAAUUCAACAUCCCAGGAGUCAUCGUCUACAAGGUCGUCUGCACCUGUUGGCCCCGGAACCUCCCGGUCUGAAGUUGCGAGUGACCCAUCUCAAGCCCCGGACCAAUCGUCGGCCGAUUCCAGCGGUGAAAACAAUUUUGUGUCUGAAGCAGAACAAUCAGGACACAGGAUAUCUCCCAUCACAUCGGUUGAAACUCAACUGCAUGUGGCGGUUGGUCGUUUAGCCCGAGCCAGACCAAAUCGAAUGGCUUUGCGACGUCGGCGGAGAUCCCGUAAAUCCCGCCAAAAAGCUGUUAAGAAAAGCCUGCUCCUGCGGCCAAGCAUCACGGGAUGUGUCAUGUCCGAAACGUUUUCUUCGAGUCCUCUUGACGCUUCUAUGGCUUUACCUGUUUGCUUAGUCACCCGGCUUGAAAACUCAUCAAAGUGUCCAUCGGAACUACUUGCUGUUUCUCCAGUUAGUGGGGACCGUUCUGCAGACGCUCUCGAACACAGAACACCCAUUGGUGAUAAUGUGUCUCUCACAGACGCCAACAUUUUGGACCAAGAUGUACAAACCUCAACCUCCCAGGAGCCGGAGCCUUUUGUAGAAGGUGACGAAUUGUGCCCGUAUCAGGAACCCUACGAGGUGAUUGAUGUUUGUGCGAUUGAUUAUCCUGAAGAUAAACCUUGUGAAUCCCGACGGAUUCCAGCCCAGGACCAAACGACCGGUCCUGUCUCAUUGGAAGCGCCAAUUCCUCUUGCCCAUCACUCAUCUGUUCAAUCGGUGAAUGUAGCACUUCCUGCGGAUUCAUCCGGUUGUAUUCCUGCUUCAUCAAACGAUGGAUCAACAGCUGCUUCCGUUGUUUCGCAUACCGCUGAUACCGAAGUGGCGCUAUCCAGUGCUUUGACAACUGCUGAGGCCAACGCAAGCCGAACGUCACCGCGUGAAUCAACCCCAACUCUCAGUUCCUCUGCAACGGAUAAAGUUCCGUCCAACUGUCCUCUUGAAGUGAACGGUGAUGCAAACGCUGAACCAGUAUCAUAUCCUCCCAUCCGUCUCCGUUUGAAUUUGAAGUCAACUACGUCGUACCAUCCUGGCAGAUGCAAUAAACUAGAUAAGAAGAAACGAACUCCGAAAGCACCCUCUUUUUUAACAACAACCGACAGUCGGAUUCCUGUCAUAUCUGCCUCCACUCCGACGUCACUGAGCAUUCGCUUGAAAGUCCCACCAGUUGCACAACAAAACGAACGCUCUUCAACACUGCCAACAUCGCGUUUCCAGUGCAAGAAAGUCAGGAAAGGAAGGCAUCAUCAUGGGGACAGCUUCAGACCAUCUGAUUUACCCAGCGUCUCUACCAAAAUAACCAUCCGGACGGGAAGAAAUGACGGUCACUCGAAUUUAGCUGCGCCUUCGUGUACCCCGAUGAUGCAUCCAAUCGUCGGUCCGACCGCUACCCCCACUGCUCGACUGAACUCAACUCGAUCAUCCUCUGUCUCCUACGCAUCACGCCUUUGUUCAGUGUUUUCAAGAAAGAUUUUUUCUACGGCGAAACAGGAACGCCGAAGCAGUAAUGUCCAACUGUCACGCCCUUGGCGUUCUGGGCUUGCCGGUUCACCCAGAAAACGUGGUCAUCCCAGGGUACACCCCGCAUCAUCAGUUAACCCUGGUUCGACCGUGUUUUGUGAUACGAAACGCCCACGAAUUGAGGUUAAAGAUAACACUCCUACCCCGACUGCUACGGUGGUUCGCGGAACGGGUAGACGAGGCCGUCCGCCUUCCCGUGCUCGAAUCGGACUUCCUGGUCGCAUUUUGACGGGUGCACUGAAGUUGAAAUCAAAAGCCGAAGACUCACGAGCUAUUCGUCUAGUUAUACGUCUUGGAAAGAAUUUAUCUUCUCAAGCGACCGGGUCCGUUGUCCGUGGAAAGCGCCGUUCGGGACAGACCUCUGUGGAUUGCUUGACAACAAAAGCUAUAUCGCCAGCGUCAAACGUUUCUUUCCACUACCAUGACACCGGUCAAGAUGCAGACAGCGAAAGCUCUGAAGAUUCGAAACUGGGGGAAACUACUGUUUUUGGUGCUGAACCAUGUGCUGGUGCGCUACAGCCUUUCGAAUUCGCCAUAGCAACCGAAGCGGAGACCUACAUGGACCCGAACCAAGUUCAAAUACAUCGUGCAUUAAAUCGAGCGGUCGCACCAAGAACGUCCAAUGGAAGUGGGGUGUCUGGCUGCUUCGCAGCUCCACCCGACGAUGAUGACGACAGUGGCGAAGCCGGUCUACCAGGUGGCACAAUGUUGAGCUCGGAGUAUCCCACAGCCCCUCUGAGCGAGCAACAACCUGGAGGUUGUUUUGCCGGAUUCAGAACACAAGUGCCCAUCAAUGUGACUAACCGCCCCCCAAUUAAUGCCCGAGUCUUAUCACAUGACGAAAAGGGAGUGGAGCAGACAAGGAAAAGGCGAAGCUCACGUACCCGUCGAGUUUGUAAGAAAAAGUCUAACGUUGAGCCAAGCUCGGAAGUCUCUCUUUUGACCGAAGCAGCGACAAUGCCAGUGUGCCCAAAUGAUUUAUACAACACCUUGCUUAAUGGACAGCCUCCGGCCGCCUCGCCUCUAUCUUCACUCUGCUACAAGUACCGCGCUGAUGCGACAGUUGUUUCCCAACCUGGACCUGUGUAUGGUACCACGGCAGGACCUCCGGAAUUCACCGCUCCUAGAACCGAACGGGUCUCGUCCGUGCAUCCUGAUAGAAAUUGCACUUCGCCUUUGCUCUGUCAGAACAAAGGAUUUACAGCCGAUGGUGGCUCUAGUUCAGACCCUCUAGACAAAUUCGGUUCCAUUGCAAGCCCUCACUGGCGCUCUACGCGUGAGAACGCCAUCUCCCAUGCCAAGUCAGAUCUGGGUCAUUUUAUUCUACCUGUUUCUGAAUCGUUCGAACCACCCCUUCCAAACUCGGUGGGGACGGUGAAUACCAGCACCGAGGGUCACCGCAGCAACAGCACCAGUAGCGUCAGUUCUGUCACUGCCCUACCGAGCACGGAGAGUCCCGUUGCUGCAUCCCUCGAGAAGCAGUUGGACAUCAGUAUUCCGCCUGACCCACACUUCUACAAUCCCAUACAUGGUGAACAUCAACGCGCUCGUGCCGAUCACAACCUGCCGAGUGCCCUUGAUUGCCCUUUGCUGGACACAGACACAAGUGUUCCCAGUCACCUGCCGUUUAAGUCUCCUGUGUGCGAAUCGGUUCACGGUGACCGUCCAACACAGCAGCAUUCUUACUCAGACCGCGGUCUGGAUACGCGCCAUCACCACCGGUCUACCCGCGAUUUGUCCGUUGGUGAUGUAAGCUCUGUGGAUACUGGAACUACACAGCAAUUACCUUCUCCUCCUCCAAGUUCCAUGCAGCAACAGGCGCUCGCACUAACUGCUGCAGCCUACGCAACACUGGAUCCAAUGAUGGCUGUACAUCAACAAGCUAAAGCUUACUAUGAUCAGUGGGCAUCUUCACUUUUUGGAAAUUGGGCUUCCAGUGGUGGUGCUAGUGGCUGUGGCUCCAGUGGCCAGCUCUCAGUGAAUUCUGAAGCGCACUGCAGCUCACAACGGCAGCAACAACAGCAGCAGCAAACUGACUGGAUCAAUGCGGCACUGCUAUCCAAACAACAACAACUCGUCAGUUCUCAGUACGAACACGGUGACCCUACAGAAAAUGACAACCUACGACAAUGGCCAUGGCCAAGUAACCAACGUCGAGCCCAUGCAUCAGAUGAUCGUCCCAACCCGGAUUCGACUGCAUUCGAUCGUUUCCAUCAAUUUUACCGAGGCACUAAUCAUUCAGAUCGGUCAUAUUUGGAUUUCGCCUUCUCAAAUCUCCCAACCAACACGCCGGAUUUAUCACGUUCAUCUCAACAACAGCUGUUUAAUUCAAGCAAUUUCGCCGACCCAUCUCAAGCACGUUGCAAAAGUCGGUACAACGAUGUGCCAGGAGAUUACGCGCGGAUUAGUACGGGACCAUUUUCGGAAUCCCGCGUUAACGGAUGGUGAUAGGCCAUAAUUCGCCCGACUUGUCUGGCACGUUUUCUCUGCACCUCCCCGUAAGCAGUACUGAACGCACUCCCUCGACCAGGACACACUCAACCGCACUUGAUUAUUUAUCGAGUUCAGCUCCCGGAUUCUACUAUUUGCAUGUGAUAGAUGCUCGUUUUUCAACUGGCCCAAGCCUCUCCUCCAGCCUAACGUCGUACCCCACGUCCCUUCAUAACUGACAGAAGUGGCAGCACCAGAGUGAAGUUUGACCGUAGAACUCAUCACUAUCCUCAUUCUCCGCCCCACCUAUUUUUACAGACUUCAAUCAUGAUCAUGUGAUUGAGCUUAAUUUUAUUCACAGGCCCAGCCCUGGUCCGGGACCUGUACCCCUUGAACAACUAAAGAGCCAUUUUUGCAUUCAAUCUCUUUCCAAGACGUGCCCAUUGUGAAAUUGCAGACUAUGCCAUCCCCUCAGCAAGAUCUCAACGAGAACCUCACUGGUUAGUACUGUGCCCCAUGUCGACAGAUUCUCGUCUUUACUCAACCGGCAGUGGUCACUUUACCCACCACCAGCCUCUCCCUCCUAAUAUGUGUACAGAUAUCUUUUUACGCGAGAGACUAAACGAAAACCCGUUCUUUCGGUUCCACCUUGUGAUAUUUCCCCUUCUUUCGGUCCACGAGAGUUCCUCCCGAGUCAGCUGGUUGUCGAACACCAGUUUCUUACAAAACACCAGAGUGAUAGGCGGUCUUCUGCCUAUCCCAAUGUACACAACUGGCACUUCCCUGUGUUGUACCACUUCCAGCUGACCAGCCCACCUUUUUUGCACUGCUUCAAAUCAUGCACUCUCUCCUGGAUGAUGUGAACAAUGAAGUCCUUUGCUUUGUCAGAGUCGUUCUCUUUAUGCCUCCAUUCUUGUUGAUUUUGUACAGUUCCAGUAUUUCUUCUCAAUGCGUGUGUGCAUGCCAAAAUGCGCGCGACCGAACUUCGACUGAUCUUGUUCACCUAUCCUAUCUCUCAGUCUCUUAUGCUCUAUCAUAAUAAAAC